AGAUCUCCAUCUUCACUUCUUUUUGGUAUCAUGUGGUACACUCAUUUGUCUAAUGGUAAAAUUAUGCCUAUAAGACAUUGGUGUAAUCAAGAUGAUAAAUUAGUAAGAUAUGGCUGGUUGUCACAUGAUGGCAGAAAUUUUGGAGAACAUGAAAUCAUAGACAAUGAAUAUGGAAUAAUAAGUAGCUUUGUCAAACAUCCUAACAAAUAUGGUGGAGAUUGGACUGUCAAGAUCAAAAUACAAAAUCUGCCCGGGACUUCCUUUAAUCGAUCCAUUUCUCUUAUAGCAUAUAUUUUCCGUGAACCAUCCCCAUCAAAUCAAUCAUCUCUAACGAAUUCUACGUUUUUGCAUAUCUCAAAUUCCGUUGAACCCCACCACGUCAUUACUGGAUAUGAUUAUACGAUCGGAAAACAUUUUAAAAUUUCCAUGAAACACAAGACAGAAAAUGAUGAUAAUCACGUCGCACUAUAUGGUUCUCGUGUCGGUUCCGCUGACACUUUAACAUCGCAUGUUUACGAUCAUUUGCAAGUAAUGCGUUCCUCACGCGGAAAUAUAGUUGGAUUACCUCAUAACAUCGAAGAUGGCGGAAACCUAGAAAACGAAAAUGGCAGAAAUUUUGAUUUUGUCGCUUAUCAGCUAAUCGCUAGCCAAUUACCCGUAAAAAUGGAAAUGACAUUUAGAAUCUUAGAUUCUGAUAAAACACAAGUUUCCGCGAAGGAAAAAGAAAAGGAAAUCUUGCAGGCAAAACACGACAAAUUAUUUGUGGAAUUUAAACGAAAAUUUGAAACAAAAUUCUCAAAAAUUUACGGUCCUAAAGCUGGUAACCAAUCAACUUUCAGCUCUCCAGAGGAUCAAUCAAUUUCUAGAGCCGCUUUUAGCAAUCUUAUUGGGGGAAUCGGAUAUUUUUAUGGAACUUCAUUAGUCAGUUUUACCCCGACUACUUCAAGUGACGAUGAAAUAACUCAAAGAAAUAAAAAAGAUGAACCAAUCUACUCCUACUUCCCUUCCCAACUUUUCACUGCCGUCCCAUCCCGUUCCUUCUUUCCCCGUGGAUUUUUAUGGGACGAGGGUUUUCACCAAUCGAUUCUCAGCAAAUGGGAUCAUGUGAUCGUCCGCGAUUGCUUGGCUACGUGGUUCGAUCUCCUUAACAAAUACGGAUGGAUACCUAGAGAACAACUUCUCGGGCCCGAAGCCAGAUCGGUUGUUCCUCGAGAAUUUGUUGUACAAAGGGAUGGAAAUGCUAAUCCUCCAACACUUUUUUUGGCACUUGAAAAAUUGAUUUUGGCUCGCAAAAAUCUAAAGGACACAGAUGGAAAGGUUGAUGAUACAAAAUUUUGGAUAGCUAUUUUCCCCAGGGCAUUGGCUUGGUACGACUGGUUUAAUGGCACCCAGACAGGUCUUUCCAGGGGCACUUUUCGUUGGCGCGGUCGAGAUCCCUGGACUAAGUUGGAACUUAAUCCACGAACUUUGACAUCGGGACUCGAUGACUAUCCCAGGACCUCACACCCAUCGGCGCAAGAGAGGCAUUUAGACCUCAGGUGUUGGAUGACUUUCGGGGCUAAAGUGUUAGGCAGUAUAGCUGAGCUCUUGAAAGAGAUAAAACUUUCCAAUCAUCCUCUAUCCCCCUCAAUAACUACAUUGCUUGCUAGGUACAAUAAGGAUAUCAUCCGUGUUGCUAAAGCUGCUUCCUAUCUGAGUUCAGAAGAGGAACUAGUGAGACUACAUUGGAAUGAAAGGGAACAAAUGUUUUCGGAUUAUGGAAUUCACGCGCCAAUAGUGAGGCUUGAAAAAGUUGUCAUAGACGGUCAUGUGGUUAGGGAACAGAGAAUUAUCCCGAUCGGCGCACCUCCCCUCAGCCUUCGAUUCGCCGGCAAAGAAACUUUUGGUUACGUUUCUCUAUUUCCUUUUAUCUUCAAACUUUUAAAUCCGACAUCCACUAAGUUAAACCGGUUAUUGACUCACGAUUUACCCGAUCAUGAACUUCUCUGGACCAAUUUCGGUAUUCGCUCACUAUCGGCUUCCUCUAAGGUUUAUUACAAAGUGCCUAACACGCAAAAUGAUCCACCUUAUUGGAGAGGCGACAUUUGGAUCAACUUGAAUUACUUGAUACUCUCAGCUCUCAAGCAUUAUUCCCUGACAGAAGAAAAUGGAAGCGUUGAUCCCAAACUAUCUGAAACUAAUAGGAUUUUGGCAGCAAACCUUUACAAUAAGCUUAGAUUUAAUCUUGUCACCAACAUAUUAACUCAAUACAAACGAACAGGUUAUAUUUGGGAAAGAUAUGAUGACCAAACAGGGAAUGGUAAAGGUGCUCACCCAUUCACGGGUUGGUCCGCCCUAGUCACUUUAAUCAUAGCCGAGAGUUAUUGAUUAAAUAAAUUUUUUUAAAUAUUUUUAGGAUAUCUUUUUUUUUAAAAAAAAGUCCUACUAAUGAUUAAUAUAAUGGUCCAUUAUUUAAAAAAAAAUAUACACUUAUAAUUUAUGGAUUCGAUUAGUAUCUUGAAAAAAAAUAUAUCCAUGCUCAUUAUAAAAACUCAUUUUAGAUCAUAAAUUUAUUUCUUUCUAUAGAAGAGAUUUUUAAACUUAUCGAUAAUUUUGUUAUAUUAAUAAUUU